UGCUCAGUUAUCACCUGCGCGUGUGGAAGAUGCCCGUGUGCUUCGCGGUUUUACCUGAUCUUUUUUCUUGAAGAUCACUCCGCGACACACGCUGUAGCGCUGUGGUCAGCAGCAGAUGAUGCGCUGUCAGCCACUGAUUUGUCAUUCACACUCCAUCAAAUUGACCCAUGCUAGCAACAAGUUUUGAUUGAGCUCAAUCGUCAUGAGAAGCCAAUACGCCGAUGAGUUUCUCGCUCUUUCAUACAAACUUUGAGAAAUAACGAGGAGCUCCUCAAUGUGUUUUGUGCGGGAAAGUGCUUAGUAAUGACUCAUUCAAAACGAACAAAUUCAUAUAACGAAACGUCCUGACGGUAACGUUAUACCCAAGGAAUUAUUUCAGAAGAGGGCAGAAUGCUUCAGGAAACAGUGCUUCGACGGUGGAAAAGUAAGUCCGCUAGCAAGGCUCCAGUGCAGUGUGGGGAGAUGGUGGGGCGUCUGCAGGCUGAGAUGGAGGACCUGGUGAAGGUGAUCAACGACCAGCACCACUACAUCCAGGGGCUUCACCUCAGRCAGGCCCAGAAGCUGCCUCAGAUCCCCCAGACACACCUCCAGACUGGGGGCCAGUACAAAGACUGUGCUGAGAUAUAUAAGGAUGGGAACUCAGUUAGUGGCCUGUAUAUGAUCAGACCGGACCAGGCUCCCUCCUCCUUCAUGGUGUUCUGUGACAUGAGUGAUGGAGGAGGCUGGACUGUCUUCCAGAGGAGAAAGGACGGAACGGAGUCCUUCGACAGAGCGUGGGUGGAGUAUUAGCAUAUGCGUUUUGGAG